AUGUCACGGCUCACACCAUUGCCAGCAGACCUUCACAGGUCUCAGUCGACUACCAGUGUCGAUACUACAUAUCAUAGCUUCCACAACAUCGAACUAUACGAAACACCCGCCGCAUCUACAACUGAUAAUAAGAUGUUUUCGCGCAAAGAUGAUAGACCUGAAUUCAAGCCUAUAAUUCGCCAUGAUUCCGGUUACGAGUCUAUAUCUCCCCGGUCUAGGUCCAUUGAGUCUCGGUCUGCUCAACGGCGCAAUUCUACCAUGUCUACAAGUUCCUCUCAGACUCGACCGCGAACACGGCCUUCAGUGCGCCGUGCUGCAAAAUCCACAUCAACCUCACACUUAAAACAUCUAAGCGAACAACCUUCACACUCCGUUCAAUUACCACAGCAACAGACUACAUACUAUUAUUUUCCACCCCCGGAAUCACUUUCCGGAGGUCUAGACGAGGAAGAAGAUGCGCACGACACCGAGCUGGCGUAUCCUCCUCCCCCGCAAACGACCCACUAUUGGACUAGCGAUCAUACUAGGCGUCUGGAAUAUGCUGCCAUUGAUGCUGCGAGUCGAGGUGUCAAAGGCUGGAUCAUGAAGCACAUCGUCCCGGAUUGCUUCGUGCCUAAGGCGAAUCGACGAGUUGGAUUUGACGACGACACCGGCAGCGUCCGGCGGUACCGGCUCGAGCUCGACUGCGACGAGACUGGAGAGAAAGGAGAAAACGGCGGCAAGAAAAUGGGCUGGCUCCUGGGCCGAUAA